AUGGCUCAGCUGUAUUACAAAAAAGUGAAUUAUUCCCCCUAUAGAGACCGGAUCCCGCUGCAAAUUGUACGGGCAGAAGUGGAACUGUCCUUGGAGGAGAAGGCCUACCUCAGUGCUGUGGAGAAGGGGGACUAUGCCAGCGUGAAACAUUCCUUAGAGGAGGCGGAGAUCUACUACAACAUCAACAUCAACUGCAUGGACCCUCUUGGCCGCAGUGCUCUUCUAAUAGCCAUAGAGAACGAAAACUUAGAGAUCAUGGAGUUACUACUGAGCCACAACAUCUACGUGGGUGAUGCGCUUCUGUAUGCAAUACGGAAAGAAGUGGUGGGGGCCGUGGAACUGCUUCUGAAUUACAGGAAGCGAAGUGGGGAGAAACAGGUACCCACGUUAAUGAUGGACACCCAGUUUUCGGAAUUCACCCCCGAUAUCACCCCUAUCAUGUUGGCCGCUCAUACCAACAACUACGAGAUCAUAAAGCUGCUUGUCCAAAGACGGGUCACCAUCCCACGGCCACACCAGAUCCGAUGCAACUGCGUGGAAUGUGUCUCCAGCUCUGAAGUGGAUAGCCUGCGUCAUUCCAGAUCGAGACUGAACAUUUAUAAAGCUUUGGCCAGUCCUUCGCUCAUCGCCUUAUCCAGCGAGGACCCGAUCUUGACAGCCUUUCGGCUUGGUUGGGAGUUGAAGGAACUCAGCAAGGUGGAGAACGAGUUCAAGGCUGAAUACGAGGAGCUUUCCCAGCAAUGCAAGCGGUUUGCAAAAGAUCUUCUGGAUCAGGCACGCAGCUCCCGGGAACUGGAGAUCAUCCUGAACCACAGGGACGAUCAGAGUGAGGAGUUAGAUCCCCAGAAGUGCCACGAUUUGGCCAAGCUAAAGGUAGCAAUAAAGUAUCAUCAGAAAGAGUUUGUUGCUCAGCCCAACUGCCAACAACUACUAGCAACGCUUUGGUACGACGGCUUCCCCGGAUGGCGGCGGAAGCAUUGGGCGGUCAAACUUUUGACCUGUGUCACUAUCGGACUGCUGUUUCCAGUGCUUUCUGUGGCUUAUUUGAUCGCACCUAAGAGCAGGCUGGGGCUGUUCAUUAAAAAGCCAUUUAUCAAGUUUAUCUGCCACACGGGCUCCUACCUUACCUUCCUCUUCAUGCUACUGCUUGCAUCCCAGCACAUUGUCAGGACAGACCUGCACAUGCAAGGACCUCCUCCUACUGUGGUGGAAUGGAUGAUCCUCCCCUGGGUUUUAGGCUUUAUUUGGGGAGAAAUCAAAGAAAUGUGGGACGGAGGCUUCAACGAAUACGUGCAUGACUGGUGGAACUUGAUGGAUUUUGCAAUGAACUCUCUCUACUUAGCAACCAUUUCUCUGAAAAUUGUCGCAUAUGUCAAGUACAAUGGUUCUCGUCCAAGGGAGCAAUGGGAAAUGUGGCACCCAACCCUCAUAGCAGAAGCCCUCUUUGCCAUUUCAAACAUUUUAAGCUCCUUGCGUCUCAUCUCCCUGUUUACAGCAAACUCUCACCUGGGACCCCUGCAGAUCUCUCUGGGACGUAUGUUGUUAGACAUCCUCAAGUUCCUCUUUAUUUACUGCCUGGUGCUGCUAGCUUUUGCCAAUGGACUCAACCAGCUUUACUUCUAUUAUGAGACAAGAGCCUCUGAAGAGCCCAACAACUGCAAAGGGAUCCGCUGUGAGAAGCAAAACAACGCAUUUUCCACACUCUUUGAAACUCUUCAAUCUCUCUUCUGGUCUGUGUUUGGUCUGUUGAAUCUCUACGUCACGAAUGUCAAAGCCAGGCAUGAAUUCACGGAAUUUGUUGGGGCCACCAUGUUUGGCACAUAUAACGUCAUCUCCCUGGUGGUUUUGCUAAACAUGCUCAUUGCAAUGAUGAACAAUUCCUACCAGCUGAUAGCAGACCAUGCUGACAUAGAAUGGAAGUUUGCACGCACAAAGCUCUGGAUGAGUUAUUUUGAUGAAGGGGGUACGCUACCACCUCCUUUUAAUAUUAUCCCUAGCCCCAAGUCAUUCUGGUACCUUUGCAAGUGGGUCCACAAGCAGCUGUGCCCAUCCCGGGACCCAGAGAAUGAACUGAAGCACGAGAACCUGAAGACUUUUACGGAACGUCAUGCGGACAAUUUGAUUCAGAAUCAACAUUACCAGGAAGUGAUCAGAAAUCUGGUGAAACGCUAUGUUGCUGCAAUGAUAAGGAAUUCAAAAACCAAUGAAGGCUUAACUGAAGAAAACUUUAAGGAGUUAAAACAAGAUAUUUCCAGUUUCCGCUAUGAAGUCCUUGACCUCCUGGGUAACCGGAAACCUCAGAGGAGGAGUUACUCCACCAGCAGCACCGAGGUCUCCCAAAAGGAGGAUGCCCCCGAGGAACGCACUGGAGAAACGUCCAGAGCCAAGGGCGUCUCUUUUGGCGUGGCCAACAAAAAGACAGACUUCAACGUGUCAGCUCUCAUUAAGACCAUGUCUGGCAUUGAAACAGUGAGUGAAAAACCAAAAAGCAACGGGAUCAACAAGCGCUCCUUCGUUCGCAAUGGGAACAGAGUCCAAAGGCUGUCCAGCUCCAAAAAGGAGUCCUUCAAGAGGCUGGGUCUCCUCUUCUCCAAGAUGAACGGUCACCUCGCAGAACCCAACCAAGAGCCCAUGUAUACCAUUUCGGAUGGGGUCAUCCAGCCACAUUACAUGUGGCAAGACGUUAAAUAUUCUCAGAUGACAAAAGAGCAAGGCAACUGCUCCAAAAGUGAAGUUAACCUCAAUGAGGUGGAUUACAGUAGAAACAUCAGGCAUCAUACGGGACAGAGCCAAUGCCCUGUGGUUUGCGCCAGCUCCCUUCACUGUGCUUCCAGCAUCUGUUCCUCCAAUUCCAAACUCAUAGACUCCUCGGAGGAUGUUUUUGACUCAUGGGGAGAUGCUUGUGACAUGUUUAGGAACCAAUGGAACGAUGGGCAGGAGGAACAGGUCACCACACGCCUAUAAGCAGAGCUGUUUAGUAACUUGGCUGUGGACCACCGCCAACCCUGGAAACUGUUUGCUAUCACAGACUAUUCAUAGUUAGGGAUACCUCCUCUUUCCCAUUUUGUCUCCGAUCAAUGUAGAUCCCAGAUUCUGUUAGCUUAUUUUAUAGCCACAGCACAACUUUUUCUUUAA